AUGGGACUUGGGCCUUUCCGCAGGGCUGGGAUCGUCCAGCAGACAUCUAGAAAAGAUUUUUGUGGGUCCCGGCCUGAUUUAACAGAAGAUCAAGUUCGAUUCAUGUGGUCACAAAUAUUAAUGGGAAUAUUACUUGGUUUAUCACAAACAUCAAAGUCAAAAAAGGAAUUAAUUGAAGAGCGUCGUCGACAAUAUAAACACAAUAUUUAUCAACAAAAUAAAAUAAUUGAAUUUGAGAACACUUUGAUCAAAUGCUCUUUCAUGGUAUACACAUGACAGCUUUUUAUAUCGUAUUGUUAACAAAGCGUUACGUAAGAUGCACCCAGGGCAGCCUUGCAGUGAAAUUUAUUUUUCGACACUUCAUACACCAUUCGAUAGAGAAUUUCGCGGUGAUCACGAAUAUCACUUCCA